GUGGCAGGAGAUGAGGUGCUCUGUGCCAAAUGGACAAAGUUAUGAAGGAGCUGCUUGUUAAUGUGCACGGAUGAAAUACGGGAAGAGGGGGAGUGUGUGGAGGAGACUUGUGGUCAGCGUUGCUUCAGGGUCAGCAAGAGGACAGAACCGAUCACACUAGGAGAUCAGGAAAGAAAGCGAAGGGAACGACUCCAGUCUACACUUUAGUCUGGUGUACAAGAUCUGGUUGUCACGGAGACGACGAGCAGACAGGUAACAACAGAAAGGAAACACCUGUCGCUCUUGACCAUCUCCAUAUAACAGCCCCAUGAAGAGCACAACAGUGAAACAGUUCCCGACCAGAGUUCCAGAGAUCACACUUGUAUGACCAUUAGACUCCUGAGACGAGCUGUUUUUGCAAAAUGCAAAGAUGAUGCCAACGAUGAGCUCAUGAAGCUGUAUAGAUGACUGGAUAUAGCUGAGCAGUGGGAGAACGUUUCAGACAGAUAAAGACAGCGCUGGAACCAAAAGGAACAAAGAUGCCUGAGAGAGUAUGUCUGUUUCAGGGUCAGAACUACCAUAAGUUGAAGAGAGCAUGCUUGAGACGAGGGGCUCUGUUCCAGGACCCCUAUUUUCCUGCUUCUGCACAGUCACUGUUCUACAAGAGAGCUCCACCUCCCAGACUGACAUGGAAGAGACCAAAGGAGCUCUGUAAGGACCCUCGACUCUUUGUGGAUGGAAUCAGUACAAGGGAUCUGCACCAGGGCAGUCUGGGUAACUGCUGGAUGGUGGCAGCCACUUCCUGUUUGGCCACAGAACCUUCACUUUGGAAAAAAGUCAUCCCUGACCACAUGGAGCAGGAAUGGAACCCAAAGCGUCCAGAUCUGUAUGCUGGGAUUUUUCAUUUCCGAUUCUGGCGGCUGGGUCAGUGGACAGACGUGGUGGUGGAUGACCGUUUACCAGUCAGCGAGAAUGGAACUCUGCUCUUUUGUCGAUCAGCAACACCGCGGGAGUUCUGGAGUGCCCUGCUGGAGAAAGCUUAUGCCAAACUGAAUGGCUGCUAUGAAGCUUUGGAGGGGGGCAACACAGCUGAAGCUUUGGUGGACUUUACUGGGGGAGUGUCUGAACCACUGAGUCUGAACCUAGAAGCACUGACUCAGAAUGCAGACCAGAGGAAGGCACUGUUCCAGACGUUAGCCAGAGCACACAACCGCAAAGCUCUCAUCACAUGCUCCAUACGGCCAGCUGAUGGAGAACACGUAGAGUCAGUGCUGGACUGUGGACUGGUGAAAGGUCAUGCAUAUGGUAUUACUGCUGUCAGGAAGGUUCGUCUGGGUGAGAGUCUGCUGGGCAUUUGCGGAAGUCCUCGGAUCUACAUGGUGUGCAUGAGGAACCCCUGGGGUACAGCAGACUGGACAGGAGCCUGGAGUCAGGGGUCACAGCAGUGGCAGCAGGUGGGCCGCAGCGAGAGAGAGAAGAUGGGUCUCGUUGUCAGAGAUGUGGGAGAGUUUUGGAUGGAGUUUGAAGACUUCUGCCGCUACUUCACAGAUUUGGUGGUGUGCAGGCUAGUGGAGCGCUCUCUGCUGUGGCCCUGGGGACACUGGAGAGAGGUGUGCUGCCCAGGGGAGUGGACACAUGCCCCUGCAGACCUACCACCAACAGUCUCUUCUGCAUCUCAGCCCUCCAACACACGGAGGAAUUUCUCAGGUUCUCAGUGGUCCCAUCCAGCUCCUGUUCCUGCUCUGAGAGGAGACAGGAAAGAGGAGAGGCUGGGGAAAAGGCAGAUGGACAGGAGUAGGGUCCAUGGAGCCAAGGAGAAGAAGAAAGACAGGGGUGAAGAGAAAGCUUGGCCAACUAAAGCAGGAGAAAAGAUGCAGGAGUUCACGGUAAAGGAAGAAGAAGUGGUGGAAGAGGAAUGGGAAAGAGAGAUGGACAAGAGGAGUAGGUGUGGAGGAUGCAUUAACCACAGAGAGACAUUUCUUCUUAACCCUCAGUUCAUGUUUGAGGUGGGAGGGGAGGGCGAUGAGGUUCUCAUAUGCCUGCAACAAGAGGACAGAAGAAUGAAAAGGAGGGAGGGAAGAGGUGAAAAUCUUCCAAUCGGCUUUGAGGUACUGAGGGUGGAGGUGAAUCGUGUGUGUAGAGUGCAGUGUUUUAGUGAGCAGGCGGCGAGCUCAGUCUAUAUGGACUCCCGCAGUGUUACUCUGCGUGUGACACUGAGUCCUGGCCGCUAUGUUCUCCUCCCCACUACCUUCCACCCUGGAUCCACUGGGCGAUUCCUCCUCCGCCUCUUCUCACACACGCACAUCAAGCUCAGGGAGCUGAAGGAGGAUUUGCCUGCUCCUUCUCUGUGGAAGUGUUGUGUACCUCAGCCAUGUGCUGUAACUACAGUCCACCUGCGCAGAGCUUCCACACUCAGCCAGCCCAAGCAGCCAGCUCCAGAUGUGUAUGCUGUCAUUAAGUGUGAGGAGGAGACUAUUAGGACUCGUAUCUUUAAAAAAGAUGGAAGUCCUGAAUUUAACAUUAAAGCGAUUUUCUACAGAAGGAGGCCUAGGACAAAAAUCUACAUAGAGUUGUGGAGAAGAAGUUUGGUAUUUGACUCCUUCCUGGGUGCAGCUCAUCUUCAAACAGGCAACAGUGAAAGGGAACGGAGCAGAGUGAUUGAUCUACAAGGUGGAAAAUCUCGCGGCUGCAUCUAUGUAGAGACUUCUACCAGUCAAUGCCUGACGGACUUAUGAUUACAGUUGCACUGCUCUCAUACUAAAAGCUGAAAAACAGAGUGGGACCAAACUUGUCAAAUAUCAGCAUUAGAGGAAGGUGUUGUUCUGUAUUUGCCAGCUUUCUGAUUGGUCACCUGAAAAGAAAAAACAGGCAGUGUAAUUUAUUUGUUUACUUGCUGUUGGUAUAUUUUUACCAAACUGGUGCUAUAAUGUAAGUGAACAGCUAAAGUAUAUUAUUGUCAUAGCUACCCAUGAGAGGUCGGAAUAAAAUCAGGGUCCAAUAAAUAUGUUGUAUAGCACAGUCACCAUGGGUCCCCUAGUGCUACAGGACCCAGUGGAACAGGCCCACCUACACUAGUUAUGGUGCUGGUCAGGAUCUACUUUCCAAAGUCAUUUGUGCUGCAGAUAAAAGUGAACACAAUGUCUGUUGUGCUAACUAUGAUUGUAAAUCAAGAAUCUGACUUAAGGCCCCAGCCAAAGUGACUGUGAUUGUUUCGACAAUAAUGUUUUUUUACUGGUACUUUUACAUCUCUCCCUAACCUAAAGAAAGCAAAAAAGCACUGAAAUUGGGUGUAUAAGGAUACUAGUUAGUUAAAAUAGCAAUCUGUAGUUAUCUGCUGGUCAGAUUUUAAUAAAUGAUAAAUAAAUAAUAAUAAAGACACUACUGAAAAAGUUGACGAUAAUUGUUGUACCUAAAAAAUCUAUAGUUUUCAAAAUACAUGUUUUCUAAUAAAGAUCAGCAUUUCCUUUUUU